AUGACUGUUUGUGACAGAUACAAAUACGACAGUACUGCUGCGUAUGUGAUUGCUAGGAGGACUUCAAAAGUCGAGGAAUUCUUAUCAAACCUUUGCUCCUUCAUAGAAGUUACCUUUGUACCCGGCCUUUAUCAGAUAUUUGAUGAACUUCUCGUCAAUGCAAACGAUAUCAAAAUCAAAGACAACAGCAUGGAUACCAUUCGAGUAGACAUUGAUCUGAAAUCGAACAUCAUUAAGAUAUUCUUUAAUAAGGAAGGCAUUCCGGCUGUAGAACAUGAAGAAGCGAAGAUAAGAAAAGAUCACUGGUUAUCGCGCGAAACUGUUUUGGUGCAAAAAUCGCUUCAUACUUCCUUUGUAUUGGAAAUAACAUCCAAAGAACAGGGCAAACGAUUGAAGCAGCAGGAAUGGCGAACCAACAUGACAAAAGAUAACAUUCCCGAGAUUCGUACUUAUUCUGGAUCCAGUUUUACUGAAAUCAACCUCUCACUCGAUUUGGAAAAGUUUAAAAUGGAUGCUCUGAAUCAAGAAAUUUUGGCUGUUUUCUCCCGGCGAGCUGCUGAAAUUGCGGCAUGUACUUGUGGAGUGAAGGUAUUCCUCAACGAAAAUCUUCCCAUCAGCAUUUUCAAAGACUACAUCAAUCCGUGUUUGAGGGGGGAGAAGGAUUGUCUUGAAAGGCAACUGGAAUGCGUAUCUGAAGUCAUAAGUGAUUCCUAUGAGAUAGCUGUAGCCUCUUCAAACAGGGGAUUCCAGCAAAUGUCCACAUUUCGAGAGAAUGCUGAAGAACAAGAUGGGAACAUCGUUGGAGAAGCACACGAUUCGGAAACACGUUUGGGUGUUUGUAAAUUGCUCAUUGACGAGCUCAAAAUUCAAGAGUCCAGCGAAGGCAAAAUUGAUCUUGCUCGUUUUGAAAUGUCAAUGUGCUCACCAAGCCAAGCAUUUUUUACAGAGGUUUGA